AUGGCGAAGAAAUUCGAGUUCAAGUUUGAUCUCGAUGAAGAUGAAGAAACAUGGCUGACACCACAACUCUCAGAGAGGACGGUAGGCACACAAUCGAAACCGGUAGAUCUGAAGGAGUGGUUUGCUCAAAUCCCAACAUCAGAUCGAGCAUCGCUGCUCAGUAAAAAACUACAAAAAUAUGCUCAAAAGCGAGCUGCCAGAAAAGGGAACGAACGUCUUCGCAGCGGCCAGUCAGUCUCAUUGGACAUUGUCACCGAAGAAAACGGAAGUCCUCAGUCGAUUUCGCCUAACACUGAUCAUCAAAAUGAUAUGAAAGGUGCCGAAACAGCAGUAAAGGCACCAACUGUUAUUACAACAUCCAAUAACGUCGAUCACAUCAGCCAGCAGGAAAGAAAUGACUCUGGAAUAGCCAACAACACCGAUCACUUUUCAUCGCCGGAGUCGACACCGUCAAGUGCUCACUCGAACAGCAAUAUUAUCACUUCAACACCGAUGCCUUCUGGUGAUGCAUCCAACGUCCCAUCACAUUUGCCCUUGUCGAGUAUUCAGAAUCCAGCCUCCGUGGGACAGAUUCUAUCGGAUUCGGAUGAUGAGUUCUAUGACGCUUCCUCUGAUUUCAUUGACAAUCCACCUCAACAAUUGAUGACUUCUUCGCUGCAUGAAGACCAGCUCAACGGUAAUGGCAUGCUGCCGGAUGAUUCGGGCAUUUCGGUUGUACGAAAUAGUAUGACCCAGUCACUGAUGAAGGUAGAAGAGGAGACGCCUGCCUCGCAGCUCAAUGUCCACACAACUGCCAACAGUAAACCAGUAAGGGCAAGUUCUGUCAGUCCGCGGCCGACGAGUACGUUCACAGCAGAAAACAGACCCGUACAACCAACGGUGCAACGCACAGUUCCACCAUCGCAGCCAGCACAAUCAAGAGGAUCCACGGAAAGCAUCGAUCAACUUCUCCAAGCACUGAUAUCCACUCCUACGACGAAUAACAAGGAAAGGGAUAGGAACAGUAACUUACCGCCUUCACAUGACCACGUGAACUCGCUGAACAAUCGUCCGGUAUCGGCACCGCGUCCAUCGCCCCAAACUGGUUCUGACAUACCGGACCUAGCCGCUUUGCAAGAGCUAGCCAGACAGCAGGAAGAAGCUUUACGGCAAGCUGUAGAACGACAGCAGCACGGUAACAUUGAGCGCAAACAUUCUUGGCAAAAUGAUGCAAAUUCGAGGAGCGUUCAUUCUUCGGCUGGUUCACUUGUUAGUAGCAAAUCUGCAGAUAUGUCCGCACUUCACAGGGUGAACGCGAAUCCAGUAUCGAGAAUUCCUGGUCCAACCCGUCUUCCUAGAAAAAGUGGAAUUCCGGCGCCUGCAAAGAGAAUUGCAACUCCUGCACGCUGUGCUUCGGCCGUCCCGCAGCCUACCUACGAUGAUGAAUGUUUCUGA